CGUGCCGAGCUGGACGAUUUCGAGAAGACUAUAAAUUACACUUACAUAAAUUACACUUAUUAUUAUCAUCACUACUCUCACAGCAGUUACCGAGAGGUCACGAUCUCCAUAUCAACCAUGGCCGAGAAUCCAAUCCGAUUCGGAAUAUUAGGGUGCGCCGGCAUAGCGCGCAAGGUGUCAAGGGCCAUCAUUCUGGCCCCCAACGCCGCCCUCUACGCCAUCGGCAGCCGCUCCAUCGACAAAGCCUCGAAAUUCGCCGCCGCAAACAGCUUCCCUCCCUCCGCCAAGAUCUACGGAAGCUACGACGGCGUUCUCGACGACCCCGCCGUCGACGCCGUCUACGUCCCCCUCCCCACCAGCCUGCACAUCCGGUGGGCGGUGUUGGCGGCGGAGAAGAAGAAGCACCUCCUCCUCGAGAAGCCAGUCGCUCUCAAUGUCUCCGAAUUCGAUCAGAUUCUCAAGGCAUGCGAAGCUAAUGGAGUUCAGUUCAUGGACGCUACUAUGUGGAUGCACAAUCCCAGGACUGCUAAGAUGACGGAAUUUCUAUCUGAUUCGCAGAUUUUUGGCCAACUCAAAACGAUAAACAGUUGCUUCACAUUUGCUGCCAAUCCAGAUUUUCUCAAGAACGAUAUUCGCGUAAAGUCGGAUCUCGAUGCUCUUGGUGCUCUGGGUGAUGCUGGGUGGUACUGUGUCAGGUCCAUCCUUUGGAUUGCAGAUUUUGAGCUACCUAAAACAGUAACAGCUUUGCGCGAUCCAAUUUUCAACGAAGUGGGGGUAUUUCUAUCGUGUGGCGCUUCUUUACAUUGGGAAGAUGAUAAAGUAGCAACCUUCCAUUGCUCAUUCCUAUCAAAUUUGACCAUGGAUGUAACUGCUAGUGGAACAAAGGGAACUUUGCAUAUUCGCGACUUAAUUAUUCCUUUUGAAGACGACAAGGCUUCGUUUACAGUAGCGACAGAAUCGGGGUUUGAUGAACUCAUGACGACUUGGGUACCAAAACCAAGCGAGCACACUGUCACGACCGAUCUUCCUCAGGAAGCCUGCAUGGUGAGGGAGUUUUCAAGGUUGGUUGCUGGCAUAAAAGGAAAUGGACAAAGUCCUGAGAAGAAGUGGCCAACAUAUAGCAGGAAGACACAAUUGAUUCUUGAUGCAGUCAAGGCAUCAAUUGAGAAAGGCUUCGAACCCGUGGAGAUUGUGAGUUAAUUUAGACUCGGCUUUCCAUGUCUGGUAUUAUCCCUGAACUUGGAUGUUGUUCAUCACAUGUUAAGUUUAAGUACUUUUUAAUCAUCAUGAGAUACUUCCAACUUUGAUUGUGGAUGUGAUAAAUAAAGUACUUUUCAAUCAUUGUUA